AUGCAACUAACAGGCUUGCUAUUGCUCACAGCCGCCAGCAGCGUUGUGGCUGUUCCAGCCUACGAUGCCGGUAUACUCGAACAGACGUAUCCCAACGCAAACGUGAAUGAAGAUCUCAUCGGCGUUGGUGGCCGCAUUUACAUUACCAACGUGACCAUGGCUGGUCAAAAGUUCGCCAUGGUGAUCGAUACUGGAUCUUCCGACACAUGGCUUGCAACCACGAACUUCCAGUGCUUGGAUCCCGAUUAUGGUACCCCACUUUCCAAUACCUACUGCGCGUUUCCUAGCUACUACAAUCGUGCGGGAAGCUCGACGUGGCGCAGCAUCAACGCCGAUUUCAAUGUCACUUAUGCUGGUGGCGAGUUCUUGAACGGCAAGCUGGGUACGGAGAAUCUUGGCAUUGGUGGCAUUAGUAGAGGUCAAAGUCCUUUCGUGACUGUGAAGCAAACUAUUGGAGCGGUAGAUUCGGGAUAUUGGAACGGCGAUGGGAUAAGCAGUGGAUUGAUGGGUCUUGCGUAUCCAGCACUGGCAAAGGGUAUCAACAACCGCCAGCUGAACUACACCAGCAUACUGUACACCCUUCUCGCCCUCCGCCGGCCAACAACCGCCCAGCCCCGCGCCGGCGGCCUCCUCGCCAUCGGUGGGAUCCCCUCGAGCAUCACCAACGACGGGCGCUGGGUGCAAGUCCCCGUGCAACCCCUCGUGCAAGGCAUCUACGCCUACUAUAGCAUCACCGUCGACGGCUACGACAUCACUCCGCCAACAGCAUCUGGCACGCCCACCAGCUCUCGCGCACCCACCGCAACACCAACCGGCCGCUACGCCUCCAGCAAGCAAAACAUGAUCAUCGAUUCUGGUACUAGCUUGCUCUACUUCCCCGACGAAAUCGCCUCAUAUAUUGCUUCUCUAUUCGACCCGCCCGCGCGCUACAUCUCCAGCACAAACACGUACGUCGUGCUGUGCACCGCGCGCGCCCCACGCGUCGGCGUGCGCAUCGGCGGGCAGAGCUAUUUCAUCUCCGAGGCGGAUCUCAUGAACAAGGGUCCUGGCGCCGUAGGCGGAAGCUAUGUCGGCGCGGGAACCGGCGAGUGUGCGGUGGCGAUCCAGAAUGCUAUGGGUGGCACGCUGGUGUUGGGAGAUGCGUGGUUGAAGAACGUAGUGGUUGUUUUUGAUUUGGCGAAUGCGACAGAUAUUGGGGUAGGGGGGAGUGAUGCGAAGAAGAAUGGGGGUGGGGCGGUUAGGAUUGUGGGGAGGGAGGUUUAUACGUAG